ACCGCACGCACGACCCUGCCUCCGUAUCCAAUCUCGACCUCCACCCCGCCUCGCCCCUCCUCACCGCCGUCGUUCGACAUCGUCGUGCCGCCGUUCUGUCGGCUUCGCCAGAAAUCCGUUUGUCGACAUCUUCCUCCACCCCUGGUGAUGAGCGGCUGAGCUGAGUCAGGCACCAACACGCGGACAUGUCAUGGUCAUGCGAGAGUGGGGACGGGCUGACAGAGGAUGACGACUUCAACUUGGGGAAACAGAACAUGGGAAGCGAGGCCGUAGGAGCAGGGGCCAGUAGGCAGCACAAGGACCUCGACAGUGCGGAGGCGCCUACUAGUUCUACAUGUUCCUCUCUCUCCCUUGCUCUCUCUACUUCGAUUCAACCUUACCGGUCUGCCUACUCGACAUACCAUGCACAUCAUAAAGACCGACUGGUUAUGGAGGGUUGUGAUGAAAUUGGGAUAAAAUCCUUAUUAUCGGAGUUGCCUGGGAACUGUAAAGAAGAUGGGAUGAUGGAUUCAGUGCCAAGAUUCAACGAAUAUCCAUAUGUUCAUGGCCUGCUUGUUCAGCUACCACUACCACAAACAAUGCAUUUUACUUUUCUGGAUGCAGCCCUAGAAAGGAAUUAUGUUUCGACUUUCUUUAUGUCCAUGUUUUGCUGCUUCCGACAGUGUGUGAGCCGCUUAAUCGAGAGAGGACGCGGGGUGCUGAUGCUGGAGCCUCCUCAGCUAAAGAGGACUCGCCGAUGUUCCAUGACGCCGCUGCCGGAAUGCACCGAUGUUCAAACACCAAAUCACAGACGGAUCUUUGCAAAUCCAACAAAGUGGUGGGUAUAUAUACAACAUGAAGUUUCUCAAGCUGAUAGAGCAUUCUUCUCCAUGGUUGUGACAUGAUCAUGGCGCACAUAUAUGUAAUACUGAAUGUCCUCUGCUAUCAUUAUGAAUGGUUGUGCUGUUGUGUAAGUGAUUUCUUAAGUGUUGUGUUGUAACACAUUACAGUAAAAGAUAAUUGUGUAUGAAGAAUAAUAUUACAGAGUCAGGCAGCAUUUGA